GUGAGCCGAUACACAACGGAGCGAGAUUGGAUCCGCGGGGGACCCUCGUUAUAAUCAACUCUUAAAGCGUUCCUAACAUUCUACUGCCGAUUUAAGACAGCCGGAGGCAUUUGCAGGAUUGCCUUUCAAAUAAUGUCUUCAUUCACGUCGUCCUUCACGAUCGAUAGCAUUUUGUCUCGGCCGACAUAUCGACCACAGUGUACACCAUGUAUAUAUAGUCACCCGUACCCUAUCAUGCCAACUCCUCCUGGAUAUAUAGUUGGUUUUCCACGAUACGCUGAUGUUUUACGAUCCCAUCCAAAACGCAAACGACGCCAUAGAACCAUCUUUACUGAAGAUCAAUUGGAUCUUCUUGAAACAACCUUCCAAAAAACCCAUUACCCUGAUGUACUGCUUCGAGAGGAGUUAGCCAUGAAAGUCGACUUAAAAGAGGAGCGAGUAGAGGUAUGGUUUAAAAACAGAAGAGCAAAAUGGAGAAAGCAAAAACGAGAAUCAUUAGAUUCGAAAAAACGAGACGACGAUUCCCCACGAGAACCAUCGACAACAAAAGAAACGACAGAGACUUCCCAGCCUAACAAACUAGAGGAUUUUCCAGUAACACCUUACAAAGAUCAUGGCUUUACUAAAGACUGUAUAUCGAGCCUCAACUCAGAUGAGCUAAUUUGCUUGAGCAACAACAGACACACAAACAAUCUUGCAUCGCUGCAUAGUCGUCAGGGUACUUAGAACCGACCAUGCUAAUAGACAAUGGACUAUACUUACUGCUAGAGUGUUUUAAUAAUAUUUCUCAUUUAUUUAUUCUAGAAUUUGAGGUACAAGGAAAUGUUAAAGUAGUACCUCCCUUGUAUAUAGUCGUGUUAAGAAACUGAGAGGCUAGCCGGGAUUUUAUGUACUCAAGUACAACUGAAAUGCUAAUCUUCGUGAAAUGAGAUGACAUUCGAGUUCCGUAAACAUUGAAUGAGCAGUCAGGAUAAAAUUUUAUCAAGAUGGAAAAAGUAAAUUCGGUUUUACUUGUGAUGUGUUCAGUGUUCAAAGAAAACUCUUGCGAGCUUUCUUUCUCCAUGCGUUGCCAAUUUAAACCCAUGUAGAUAUUUUAAAAUCUUAAAAUAUUUGUCAUGAUUUAAAAGAAUAGCAGUUUAAAGCAGUUUAAGAAGUCACAUAUGACUUGGGAGAUUUGAGAUUAAGUUUUUUGAGGUGGAAAACAAACUAACCUAGAAAUAAAAAAUCCAUUAAAAAUUAAAAUAAUUACGAGAUAAAAUCAAAACGUUCAGUUUUGUUCUAAAAAGGAUUACUUGGUUAAGUACUUGAAGUGUUUAAAUAUGGAGUAGUGAAAUGCUGUCAAAAAGAAUUACUCCACAAUAAAGAUGAAUUCACUUGCUUGAACAGAA